AUGGUCUGUAACAAGACGGCUCCUGCCUCUCUUACCUCUCCUACCUCUCCUACCUCUCCUACCUCACAUCAUACUAAUGGUGAUGACAAGAAUGGACUGGAGGCGGAUGAUGCGAACAACUUGACUGAUCCGAAAUCGAAAGCCUACGCUCCUGCUCCUGGCGCUGUCGCUGGUGGCAAGAGCAUCAAUGAACUAGGUUUAUCGACGCCAGAAUUGUUGAACAACGAAAGUGAGAAAGUAGAGGUGGACUUGUAUCGCCAAGAAGAUAUCGAUCCCGUCUACCAUGCAAAAGCGCAUCUCUUGAACGAGGCUUUUGCUGAGAUUGGUAUGGGGAGGUAUCAGUGGAAACUCUUCGUAGCCGCCGGCUUCGGGUGGUUCGCUGAUAGCGUCUGGCCGCAACUCGCUGGACUAAUCCUCUCCCCAGUCGUAAACGAAUUCGGCGUCCGCCCUCCCUUCCUCUCCCUCGCUCUCAACACAGGUCUACUCGUCGGAGCUGCGUUUUGGGGGUUAGGGUGUGAUAUCAUCGGAAGAAGGUGGUCAUUCAAUAUUACACUCUUCAUCUCCGGCGUAUUUGGCAUCGCAGCAGGUGGAUCACAGAACUUCGUCACUCUAGCGAGUCUUUUUGCUGUUGUUGGUGUUGGGGUGGGAGGGAAUAUGCCUGUUGAUUCUGCUGUUUUCCUCGAGUUUAUCCCGGCAAGCCACCAAUACCUCCUAACAAUCCUCUCCAUCUGGUGGUGCAUCGGCUACUUAGUAGCAGCACUCGUCGCUUGGCCUCUCAUCGCCAACUUUUCUUGCACACCAGGAUCUGUAUGCGUGGAUUCAGAUAAUCGAGGCUGGCGUUACCUCCUCUUCACCCUCGGCGCACUAAUGCUCCUCUUCUGGGCUCUCCGCGCACUCGUCUUCACCCUACACGAAAGUCCGAGAUAUUUGGUUGCGAGAGGGGAAGACGAGAAGGCCGUUAAGGUUUUACAAGCUGUUGCAAGGGCGAAUGGCGUGCAGUGUAGUUUGACGGUGGAGAAGUUGAGAAGGGCUGGUGCUGUCACUGGUUCGUCUCAACUGAAUUUUACCGACUUUAAUGAGAAGAAUGAGAAGAGGGGUGUAAGUGGAGCAGCGAAGAGGAGUACGAAAGAGACGUGGGUACAUUUGAAGGGCUUGUUUGCUACGAGGAAGGUCGCGUGGUCUACAAGUCUAUUAGUCUUUCUCUGGGCGAUAAUCGGCCUUGCUUCGACCUUGUAUAACAGCUUCCUACCGUUCCUAUUGACAUCAAAGGGACAUGCAUACGGCGACGCCUCACUCACCACAACAUACAGAAACACUGUCAUACUCGCACUCACCGGCAUACCAGGAGCUUUCCUAGCCGGAUGGGCAGUCGACUUGCCGUUACUCGGUAGAAGAGGCACACUUAUGCUUUCUUGUGUCGGGACGGCUGUCUUCCUCCUAGCAACCACGACAGCACGUACGUCCAACGCGCUUCUUGGGUGGAACUGUGCGUAUUCGUUCUUUAGCAACAUCAUGUAUGGUGUACUAUACGCCAUCUCGCCCGAGAUUUUCCCAGCAAAGGAUAGAGGAACAGGAAACGGCCUCGUCGCUAUUGCUACGCGUGUCUUCAGUGUCAUUGCUCCGAUCAUCGCUCUCUACGCGAAAGUGACGACCGCUGCACCAGUGUACAUUUCGGGUGUGUUGAUCAUUGUUGCGGGGCUCGUGGCGUUGCUGUUGCCGUUUGAGCCGCGUGGGAAGGCGUCUGUUUGA